UGUGCUCAGCAACAGCCUCUCUCCUCUCCCACACUCACACACACACACACACACACACACUCAUGCUCAUACACACCUCUCUGUAUGCAGCAGUCUGAACUCCUGAAACACUAUGCAUGGGGCGACUGGUACUCUGGAUUCUUAUGAUUCUUCAUUUUGAGUGUCCCCUCCUUCAGAGUGUGAGGUGGACGGAAUCCCCAGUAGUUACGGAUCCAGGGACGCUAUCCUCAGGCCUGGCUCGAAGAGGGACUGGAAGAGACGAAGGCGUGGCCAACUAGAGCGGAUUGACAGCUGCAGCAGCUGGGAUCCAGGCCACACCAGCGGCGAGGCUGGCAAAGGGAAACAGCAGCCUGCGUACGAACUGAGUGGAGGUGUAGCCAUGCGCUGCUCCACCCUACUCGGCAUCCUCACGGGGGUGCUUCUCUACUUGGUGCUGGGAGCUGUGGUGUUCCGUGCCUUGGAGAUUCCACGCGAGGAGGGCAAGUACAUGCAGCUGCAGGACACGCGCCGGGACUUCCUGUUGAACUUCACCUGCAUGGGCCCAGACGACCUGCAGACCCUUAUAAAGGAAGUAGUGGAGGCUGUCGGUGCAGGUGUGGAUCCCAGCAACAACAUCACCUUUACCAGCCAAUGGGAUUUGGCCAGUGCCUUUUUUUUCUCAGGGACUAUCAUCACAACCAUCGGUUUUGGAAACAUCUCCCCCAAGACAGAAGGAGGGCAGCUGUUCUGCAUUUUCUACGCUCUUGUGGGAAUCCCGAUGUUUGGUAUCUUGCUCGCUGGAGUCGGAGACCAUCUGGGUACUGGGCUGAGGAAAGCUGUUGCUAAAAUAGAGACUCUCUUCCGGAAAUGGCGAGUUAGUCCAACCAUUGUGCGUGUGAUCUCAGCCGUCCUGUCCAUCCUGCUGGGUUGCCUGCUCUUUGUUGCGGUGCCUAUCCUGGUUUUCCAGGAGGUGGAGGGGUGGACUCUUCUGGAGUCGGCCUACUUUGUAGUUAUCACCUUGACAACAGUGGGGUUUGGAGACUACGUUGCAGGGGAUUCUGGAAUUGCGGGGAGUGACCACUGGUAUAAGCCUUUGGUUUGGUUCUGGAUCUUGUUGGGUCUUGCCUACUUUGCAUCUAUCCUGACAAUGAUUGGUAACUGGCUUCGAGUUCUAUCUAAGAAGACCAGAGCUGAGAUGGAGGAGCUUCGAGCCCACGCCACUGACUGGACUCAAAACAUCCAAAAUAUGUCUGUAGAUUUUCGCAUUGCAGGAAAAAUCGAUGACCCUUUCAAACGGCGUCGGCGAAAGCGCCGCCACGGCCCUCGCAGCCAAGGCCACAGUGUGUCAGCUAAUGGGGCCCCUGAGAGGAAAGAAGAGCAGCGUGAGAGUCAAACAGAUUCUGGAUCUGACUCUACCUCCUCCUCCUCUAAUGAAUCAGGAUCUGAGUCAGAAACACACUCCCAGGUCACUCAGACGGAGCGAGUGCCUGAAGAAAAAACUGCAGAGUCUGUAAAAGGGGAGACUCUUCCAGAUCCCCACUUGUCUCAGCCUCUGGACUACUUUGGGGAGAACCUUGCCUUUAUUGAUGAGUCUUCAGAUGCCCAGAGUGGUAAACUACAUUUGGAUCCUCUGCUGGAUACAUCACAAUCCAACUGUGCACGUUCUCGUCCGCCCAAAAGGAGACGCCAAAGAAGACCUGUUCCACAGAGGAGCCCCAAAAUCAACAGCUCCAACCAUGACAAGAAGGAGCCCAAUGGAAACCCCAAACCAGUUCCGGGCCUACCAGUGAAGCCUUAAGACUGAAGCUGAUUACAGAAACUCCACCGCUAGCACAAGUAUCAACUUGAGAGAUAUGAGAUGUGUUCAUAGUCUGACAGAAGAGUUCUUAAUGUAGCAAUUUAUGAGUAUAUGUAUGCUUACUUACAAACACUUAAGAUGAAAACACGUUGCAGAAGCCUUAGCCACUUGUGAUUUGCAUCUAAUGCUCUUAGCAUGCGAGUGUGUAUGCCUCAAUCAAAGAUGAUGAAGUGAUUUUUAUGCCAAUGUUCCCAUUACUUUCUGAGGUGUUACUGCUCUCUACUGGGCCAAAACAGAAAUGCACUACCACUCUCUCAACAUGAGGGUUCCCGCCUUUUAUUAAUCCAAAUAGUGCAAGAAACAAGAAAGAGCAAUCAAAAAGCAUGUGGUCAGUGUGUUACUCAUGUUAAACAGAGGUUGCUUCGGUGUAAGAUACCCUUGAAUCCUGCCAACAAUUAAACGGGUACUAAUGAGGCUCUUGUACAUUUUUGGUAUGUAAUAACUUUUUUUUAAUACUGUGUACAACCAUACUAUU